AAGAAAUAAAAUGUUGCUUCACACACGUCCCAUCUUAUUCUUUUCUGUACUUUCUCUCUCUAGAAAUUAACUCCCCACCUACAACAAAUAACAAAUUCAAUCCCCACCUCUCUCGCUUCCUUGGAAUCGCAGAGUCGAGACUAUGGCGAUUCCUGUUCGCAUUGCUCUUCCUCCCGCUUUCUCUGUCUAAUCUCCACUCUUUUCUCGCUCUGUAUGUAUAUGUGUAUAUAUUACAGAAGACAAGUAUAUACAUAUGCAUAUGCUCCGGUGCACUUUCUCCGAUCAUCUUUGAGCUUCUGAAAUUUCUCGCUCCGAUCGUCUUGUAACAGAAGUUUUUUCCUCCGAUUUGCUGAUUCCGUUUUCCGGUUUAAAGCUCUUUGCUCGGUACUUUACUCUGAAGCUAACUUGUAUAAGGUUCAGAUAAAUAUAUAGACGGGAGGAAUCGGAUUGUGUAUGGAAGUAUGCAUUUGGAUUGUUGAUUGCUAGAGGAGAGGAGUUGGGAGUGAUGUUGGAUCUCAAUCUGAGUGUAGUCUACGAGGAGAGUAGAUUCGAGAAGCGUCCGGAAGGUUCCGGAGCGGAUGAAUCCGGGACCUCCAACUCGUCGAUGCUGAAUGCUGAGGCUUCCAGCAAUGCCGGCGACGACGACACGUGCUCCACGCGCGCCGGGGACGUCGUUCCCUUCAAUUUCGAUAUCCUUAAAGUCGGGAGCAGAAACGAGGACGACGACGGGGAUGAGGAGAACCGGCAGGCGGCUCUGCCCGAGUUCGUGACUCGGCAGCUAUUCCCGGUGUGUGAGAGCGCAUGGAACACGGGUCAAACUUCAGGGAGGCAGGACUGGGCGAUGGAUCUCUCGUUCCGUCAAGCGGAGAUGCGAAUGGAAGAACAACAACAGCAGCAGCAACCGCCGCCUCAGCCGCAACAGCAAGUGAAGAAGAGCAGGAGAGGGCCGAGGUCUCGGAGCUCACAGUACAGAGGAGUCACUUUCUACAGAAGAACUGGUAGAUGGGAAUCGCAUAUCUGGGACUGUGGGAAACAAGUAUAUUUGGGUGGAUUUGACACUGCUGAUGCCGCUGCUAGAGCAUAUGAUCGAGCUGCUAUUAAGUUUCGUGGAGUUGAUGCUGACAUAAAUUUCCACUUGAGUGACUAUGAGGAGGAUAUGAAACAGAUGGAAAACCUGAGUAAAGAAGAAUUUGUACACACGCUGCGUCGCCAGAGUACUGGGUUCUCAAGGGGGAGCUCCAAAUACAGAGGAGUAACACUGCAUAAAUGUGGGAGAUGGGAGGCUCGGAUGGGGCAGUUCCUAGGCAAAAAGUAUAUUUAUCUUGGGCUAUUCGACAGUGAAGUAGAAGCUGCAAGGGCUUAUGAUAAGGCAGCUAUCAAAUGUAAUGGAAGAGAGGCUGUCACUAACUUUGAGCCCAGUACAUAUGAUGGGGGUACUGCAUUCGACCCUCACAAUGAAGGUAGCCAACAUGAUCUUGAUCUGAACUUGGGGAUUACAAGCUCUUCUCCGAAUAAAAAUAUGGAUAAAUGUGAUCAAACAACAAUUGGGAGUUCACAUCUGAACCGACAGCCUUUUACAUCAGAGCAACCUCAGUUGUUGAAUGGAUUCUACUCACAUUUCUUACCUAAUUACGAGCAGCAAAUAGCAAGUGAGAAAAGAAUGGGUAUAGGUGGUUCCUCGCAAGGAUCCCCAAACUGGAUGCGUGAAAUGCGCUAUGGCUCAACCCCAGUGGCAAUGUUCUCUACUGCAGCAGCAUCAUCAGGAUUCUCAACUCCGGCUACCAAUAAUUCCACAACGGCCUUUACUUCCGCCCUGGCAGGUUCUCCCUACUCAGCAGCAUUAUCCCUCCCAUCCAUGAAUCUAAGCUUUGCUUCUUACCCAAAUACCUCUCAACACAAUUACCAUAUCAGGCCACCUCCCUAAUCUAACUUCAUCUCGCCCUACCUACCUGAUUAGGGUACAUACCACUGAAUGUCUGCAUUCAUUUGUACAACCAAAGUGUUGUUUAUUGAUAACACAACACAUACAUAAGCUAGCUUGGUUGGAUUCUUUUUGACAGACUUCAAGAUGUCCAAUGAUCUUGUUCAGCAAUCUAUACAUGCUGAGUACUCUUUUUUUGCAGUAAGCUAGGGCUAAACUUCACUUUUGAUCUCAGUACAUGAAUUUAGUUUUACUUUCUGUUCAA